AUGGAAUCCGUACAGGUAAAUAUAAGAAAUUACUGAUACUUUUAGUAUUUAGCAAAAUAUUAAAUGUGGAAGCGAGGAAAUUCCACGGUCAAUGUCGGACAUUCCACGGUCAACUUCGUUAUUAAUUUUUGUCGAUUGACAAUUGCUUUUAAAACGAAGAUAGUACAUGAAUAUUCAUAACUAUUCAGAAUAAUAAAUAAUUUUAUGCAAACUAUUAACAGAAAAGCAACAUUCGAGAAGUCCUCAAUCCUUAUUGAGAGUUGCACGUCUGCCCCUGUGGUUUUGUAUUUAUAUUAUUUAAGUUGGCAUCAAAUAUAUUUGCAGGAAAAUGAAGCACAAUCGUUUCUGACAAAAAACGGUCUUAAAAAUUAUGUUGAGGAAUUGGUGGUAAAAAAUAAGGUAUUUAUAGUGCCACACAUGAGAUGUCGUCAAUUUUAUAUUCUAUACUUUUAUAUAUUAAUUUAAAAUUGUAUUUGUACAUUGUCUGCAUGAUAAAUGUCCUUCUUUGUGGCCAAAUUGUGUGACAGAAAGUGCGGUUUCUCCUAUUAUUUUUCAUGAAUACAAUACUUUAUAAUUUGUACAGUUUGAAACCAUAUCUGAUUUAAAGUUGCUGACCAAUCUGGAAAGUGAUAACAUGUUCAAACAUUUGGGCUUGCCUUUAUGUAUGAUUCUCAAACUAAGGAGUGAACUACAAAAACUUCAUUCUACCUCAGGUUUGUAAUGUAAUUAAAAUUAUAUAAAAAUACUAAUACCAAAAUGGCAUUAGACAGAGUAAAUACUAGAGUAUUUACUUGUGUAUUUCUUGUUAAUGGGUUAAAUAAUACUCAUGAAUUCAUAUAGAUGAUCUUAAAAUUGAAGAACCAAUGGCAUGUGAUGGCACGGCAGUAGUUCCACAUGAGACGUCAGUAGUUCCACAUAACUAUGAGAUCCCAAAAAUGAAGUUGUUGGAGCUCCAAAAAAACAGUGUUGAGGCUCAAUAUGCCAAUGCCCAAUGCAACAAGUUCACCAGCUUUUUAGCAUCAAAAGUGAAAGAGUUUUAUCAAGAAGGAAAG